UUAAUAGCCUAUUUUGAACGUCAGGACGCUCAGUACGUGGGGAUUCCUAAGGAUUACCCAGUGUACCCCGCGGGUAAAGAUGGCGAUAGAAGAGGGUAGGAGAUCAACUUUAUCCGGGAACAAUCGUUGCUAAAUGUCGGGUUGAGAGAGAAUACACCGUUAGUUAGCGAGUGUGUAGUUGCUUAAUGGCUAGCCACCUAUUUCACUGUCAUUUCGUGAGUCCAGACUACGCAACGUGAUCGAAUAAUCGAAUUGUGCCCGUGCACGAGCUUCCUUCCUUGCGACCAAACUGCAGAGUCCGUCCUGAGAAGAGCGGAUAAAGUUUAUUACGGAUCUGACUCAACCCGCUGAUUGACGCUGAUUUUUUUUGUUGUUGUUGAUUAUUUGGCGUAACAGUCGGACACUAUCUAAACAGGUUAUCAGUAGCCCAGAGGUUCACAUGCCUAGAGAGAGAGGACGAAGAGGAAACGAAGAGGGGACACACUCAGGGUGAUGAGUCUGGAGCACGCAGCAUAUACUCUUAAAGAAUGCCUGUGACUUAGGAACCUGUGGAUGAGGACAUCGCUGGAAUAACUUGGGAAUAACAAAACGGACAGACAGACGGACGCUGAACGCCAAGGAUGACGAGCGCUGCCCCGGCCAGGAAGCCUUACCGCAAGGCUCCGCCUCAGCACCGCGAGACACGAAACAGCCUGCCCUUGUUUCGAGAGGACCUUAGUGGGAACACGCCGCCUGCCCACACCGCUGGCCCCAACCUGCCUGACCCCUGCCAGGACUCCUUAUCAGAUGCAGACAGGAUCAAGAUCCUGCAGCAACAGAAUGAAGACCUGCGCCGUCGGCUCUCCCACACCACCCACAAGAUGGAGGCCAUGGAGACAGAGUUUGAGACCAGCCGCCACUACAUGCGGGAGGAAAUGGGUCGUACCCGCGACGACCUGGAGAAGAUGAGAGACAAGUUCCGCAGACUGCAGAACAGCUACACUGCCUCCCAGCGGGCCAACCAAGACCUGGAGGAGAAGCUUCAUGCCCUGCUCCGUAAAGUGGAGAGGGACAAGAAGACAAUGGACCAGGAGAUAGUGGAGCUCACCAACAAACUCCUGGACGCCAAGAACACCAUCGACAAGCUAGAGGAGUUGAACGAGCGCUAUCGGCAAGAUUGCAAUUUGGCCGUGCAGCUGUUGAAGUGCAAUAAGUCCCAUUUCAGAAACCACAAGUUUGCAGAUCUGCCCUAUGAGCUGCAGGACAUGGUGAACAAGCACAUGAAGGCCAGUCUGCCGGAUAAGAGUUCCCAGGGGGCCCAGGGCCAGGACUCCGACACCAUGAGCCUGACGCCCGCCGACGUGGUGCCCACCUCAGUCAUUGCCCGCAUCCUGGAGAAGCCUGAGCCUCUGGUGCUCAACUCUGCCCAGUCCAGCAGCAGUGCAGGCCGGCCCCAGGCAGAGGACGUGUUUGUGCAUGUGGACAUGACUGGGCCCCAGGCAGGAGGGGGUAGAGAGAACGGGGGUCCCGGUCACAGCAGCAGGGCCCCAGCCCAGAACAGCCAGGCCCAGGAGCUCCUCCAGCAGAACGGCAUGUGUCGGAGCCAGAGCAGCCUGUCAGCAGACGGCCAAUCAGGAGAGGAGGGUAGAGAGGGUGGUGCCUUCGAGAAGCUCAACCCCUACCCAGCCCCCCCUCCGCCCCACCCCCUCUAUCCCGGCCGCAAGGUGAUAGAGUUCUCCUCGGACGACAAGGUGAAGAUCCCCAAGAACAGCCCCCUGCCCAACUGCACCUACGCAACACGCCAGGCCAUCUCCCUCAGCCUGGUGCAGAACGACGAGGAGAACGAGCGCCAGCGCACCGUGCCAAACAGCCCCGCUGUGUCGGACGGGGGCUGGCGAUCUGGGACGUCCUCCUCCUCAGGGGGAGGGGGGCAGCGUGACCCCUGCCGCACCCCUACUCAGCUGGACACCGCAGACCCUCUCUCCAACCAGUCCAGCCCCUUCAGCAGCCCCCCUCAGCCCCCCAGCGCCUUUGCCAGCUCAGGUAGCUCCGAGGAGGACCUGCUGGCCAACUGGCAGCGCAUGUUUGUGAAGAAGAUGGCACCAUCCUCUGAGGGCAACCUGGUCAACCGCACCUCCUUCAGCAGCGAGACGGUCAAGGACCUGGAGAGGACCCGGACCGGCAAGCCAGUGGGUGGGGGUUCCGACAGGGGGGCAGUACGGGGGGCCUACUCGGACGGGGAGGAGGGGUCCUCCACCCACAGCUGGACAGCAAGCCGAGAGUCCAGCCUGGACACUGACACCAGCAGCAUGGCUGACCUCCGCACCAGGAGGGGGCAUUAUGGAGCAGACUUCUCCACAGAGGAAAGCGAGCAGCUGCUGAUGGCCCUGGACCCACUGGACAACGACCGAGACAACACCAGUGGCGACACCGUGUCAACGGCCAUCACUGUGGAGACCAGCCCGGCGGAGGCCAAUAGGAAUGAUUUUGUGGAUGAGACUGGGUCUGUAGGCAGCUCUGCAGAGGAGAGAGACAUCCUGCCACAGGACUUCCCAAUCAAAGUCCCCCGGGUCCUGGCAGGGCUAGAGGACUACACAAAGAACACCCCUCCCCUUCCCGCAAACUCCUCCACUUCCACCCCCGGCCGACCCCUGAAGAGCCCAAAGAGGAUGGGAGUCCACCACCUGCACCGCAAAGACAGCCUGACCCGGGCACAGGAGCAUGGUAACCUGCUGGACUGAGACUAGGGGACUUUACUGCUCUCAUUUCAUCAGUCAUCUGACAGACUAACUCUUCAAUGGUCUGUGGACUCUUUAUCUUACCAGAAAAGAGAGAUGAUUCGUGUUGGUCCUUCCUUUGUCCGUGCUGCUGUCUCUCAUGAGUUUAGUCAGGAAAUACACACAUUCUCUAGUAACCACAUUCAAGAGCUGACUGUUCUUUAAAAGAUAUGUACGAUGCCUGGCUGCCGGUUGAAUGGUAAAGUUUGCGGUGUUCUUUCCCACUGUAGACCUGCAAUCUCCUCCAGUAGCAGAACAAAGGGUCCUACAGGGGUUUCUGAAUGAGGUUAGUUUUCUGUCUCAACACUCCAAAACUGUUGCAGAGAGGAGAAUGGCGACAACAGGAGAUGCAGUGUCAUUUCCUGUGUGUAAACAUCCAGCCAGUGUGUGUUCUCAUGGAACAGCCCAGAUGGUGCAACGUUUCAUCUCGUCUCUUGAAAUGCUCGGCGAUAUGCAGGAUGGAGGGAGUUGUUGCCUUCUCCCUUGUUGGUUCUCUCUUACCCUGGAUCCCCCUCCCCCCUAGAGAAAUGAUAUGUCAUGCAGGAAUCUGAUAACAGGAGAACUUUACCUCCAUCUCUGAAUGGACGAAUGGUGAAGAGGGCAAGCACUUGCAAGCACAUGCUGUUGUCUGGUGUGAGUGGAUGGUGGAACGGACCCCCACACAGACUCUCAGUGCCUAUCCCUCUCUGUCUGAGGGGGUUUCUAACCCCACAAUUCCCAGAACAGAUCUAUUCUGAUGCCCCUCUGAAGCACCUGAAGUGUGCAGCAGUCUGUUGAGGACCCACUCUUAAAGGCUCUCUUCUCUGUAAUUGGUCAACUACACAAGAACUAGGAAGGUCACCCUCAAUGAAUUCCUGAAAUUGUCGGUCUCACUAAAGUUUAUUUUCUCAAUAACACAUUAGUUUUCAUUGAUUUGUCUUUCUAUUAUCGUAAUUGUUAACUUUUUUUAUUUCUUUAAAUCGCUUCUUCAUUCAAAUAAUUUUGAUUUUGACAUUUAGAUUUUUAUGCAACUAUAUUAUGGCUGAGGUCUGGACAUAUUAUGACAUUAAUGGUCGAGAACAGUCAAAGUAUUUCUACUCUUUCACUUUUGUUCUGUUAUUGAUCUGUCAUUGGAUUUAGUCAUCUGUAUUUUCAUUUCAAGAAACAAACAGGCCUAUAGUUCUAUUGUUAACUCUGGUACAUUACAUGGGGUUUUACAAAGGAAGACCUAAAUGGCAUGGAACACGGUGUUUUUCAGAAGAACCACGACAACCUUCAAGGUAUUUUUUUGGAUGUGUUUUAGAAAUAUUCACUAGGCCCUGGGGGGGGUAAUUCUCCUUGAAGAUGCCUUCAAUUCUCAUUGUGUACCACUUCUGUUAGCAAUGUAUUCAGUAACGAUAGUAUGUUUCCAGAAUAUCAAAGUGACAAGGAAUAAUCGAAGGCGAAAGGUCUGCAUGGUAUGACAGGGCUGGUUGACAUUUUUGCUAUUUCUUUACCGUUGACAAUUUCCUGAUCAGGAAAGUAUUUUUGUUGGUGUACUUCCCAGUCUCCGUUGUGAGGGUUCACAGAGGAUGUUAUGCUAGUAACUAGUAAACUGUGAAGAGGAUAAUGAUUUCAUAUGUUUUCCUCUGUGUUCAGCCAACCUUUUAAGUAUUUAAUCAGUGUGCUUAUCAGAUGUCCCCACCCCUAGAUAUUCUGGUGGAGAGAGUUCAGAUCAAUUGAAAAAAUGCAAAGUUGUUUUAAUCUUUGGCCCUUUCUAAAUACACCUAAUCUGGAAUGUAAUCAUGGCUUUACGGUAUUUGCCGUUUAUUUUCGCUAUAGGUCCAUUUUCAUCUACAUGCUUUUGUAUGGAUAUAAUUUUUGAUUUUAUGGAUUGAUUUUUGAUGGUGUGCGUGUGUUCCUUUUGGACUUUAAUUUGGUCCAGUAUAUUCAAUUGACUUACCGUUCUGUAUUUAGCCAUGUUGAAUUUGUCUUAAUUGUAAUCCAUAAAAUGUGUUAAGCAUCAGACAUUCUCUAUGUACAGUUGAAGUCGGAAGUUUACAUACACUUAGAUUGGAGUCAUUAAAUCUCACUCCACAAAUUUCUUGUUAACAAACUAUAGUUUUGGUAAGUGGGUUAGGACAUCCACUUUGUGCAUGACACAAGUAAUUUUUCCAACAAUUGUUUAGAUGGAUUAUUUAACUUAUAAUUCACUGUAUCACAAUUCCAGUGGGUCAGAAGUUUACAUACACUAAGUUGACUGUGCCUUUAAACAGCUUGGAAAAUUCCAGAAAAUGAUGUCAUGGCUUUAGAAGCUUCUGAUAGGCUAGUUGACCUCAUUUGAGUCAAUUUGAGGUGUGUCUGUGAAUGUAUUUCAAGGCCUACCUUCAAACUCAGUGCCUCUUUGCUUGACAUCAUGGGAAACAUUGUAGACCUCCAAGUCUGGUUCAACCUUGGGAGAAAUUUCCAAAUGCCUGAAGGUACCAGGUUCAUCUGUACAAACAAUAGUACGCAAGUAUAAACACCAGCUGUCAUACCGCUCAGGAAGGAGACGCGUUCUGUCUCCUAGAGAUGAACGUACUUUGGUGCGAGAAGAGCGACUCAAUCCCAGAACAACAGCAAAAGACCUUGUGAAGAUGCUGGAGGAAACCGGUACAAAAGUAUCUAUAUCCACAGUAAAACGAGUCCUAUAUCGACAUAACCUGAAAGGCCGCUCAGCAAGGAAGAAGCCACUGCUCUGAAACCGCCAUAAAAAAGCCAGACUAUGGUUUGCAACUGCACAUGGGGACAAAGAUUGUACUUUUUGGAGAAAUGUCCUCUGUCCUUUAUCAUUAUGUUUGGAGGAAAAAUGGGGAUGCUUGCAAGCAGAAGAACACCAUCCCAACCGUGAAGCAUGGGGGUGGCAGCAUGAUGUUGUGUGGGUGCUUUGCUGCAGGAGGGACUGGUGCACUUCACAAAAUAGAUGGUAUGAUGAGGCAGGAAAAUUAUGUGGAUAUAUUGAAGCAACAGCUCAAGACAUCAGUCAGGAAGUUGAAGCUUGGUCGCAAAUGGGUCUUCCUAAUGGACAAUGACCCCAAGCAUACUUCCAAGGUUGUGGCAAAAUGGCUCAAGGACAAGAAUGUCAAGGUAUUGGAGUGGCCAUCACAAAGCCCUGACCUCAAUCCUAUAGAAAAUGUGUGGGCAGAACCUCCUUGAGUGACCUCUGUCCACACUAACUUCCUCUUCUGUUCAAUAGGCAGACUGUAGUGUACAGUAUACACCGACUACAUUGAGAUGGGCAUACACUCCUACAUCGAGCCGGCUAUACACUGUAUAUCAUAGCCUACAAACUUGACUCAGUUUCACCGGCUCUGUCAGGAGGAAUGGGCCAAAAUUCACCCAACUUAUUGUGGGAAGCUUGUGGAAGGCUACCCAAAACGUUUGACCCAAGUUAAACAAUUUAAAGGCAAUGCUACCAAAUACUAUUUGUGUGUAUUUAAAUUUCUGACCCACUGGGAAUGUGAUGAAAUAAGUCACUCUACUAUUAUUCUGACAUUUCACAUUCUUAAAAUAAAGUGGUGAUCCUAACUGACCUAAGACAGGGAAUUUUCUGUUAGGAUUAAAUGUCAGGAAUUGUGAAACUGAGUUUAAAUGUAUUUGGCUAAGGUGUAUGUAAACUUCCGACUUCAACUGUAGCUUUAGUACAUAAUAAGGAUGAUUGAGGCAAAAGUCUGCAUUUUCAUUCAUGUAUUUGCCUUUCUAAUGGCUUUUUGAUUGCGUGGUUAUGAAGCCGGAUUUAUUGAUCCCAGAUUGACAGCUCACAGUGAAAGCCCUUCAGUAUAAGGCAGUAAUCCAGUAUGAAGUCACACACCUCAUGCAGUGUUCUUAACUCUGAGUCAGACUCUAAACCACCUGCUUGUAUUUGUGGGCUGAAGACUGUGUAAUAUCAUAUACGGUGCAUUUUGAAAGUAUUCAGACCCCUUCACUUUUUCCGCAUUUUGUGACGUUACAUCCUUCUUCUAAACUGCAUUAAAUAGUUUUUUCCAUUCAUCAAAUCUACACACACAAUACCUCAAAGACAAAACACAUUUAAAAAAAUAUAUAUAUUUUUUUAACUAAGCUCACACUUACAUAAGUAUUCAGACCCUUUACUCAGUACUUUGUUGAUGCACCUUUGGCAGUGAUUACAGCCUUGUAUGACGCUACAAGCUUGGCAAACCUGUAUUUGGAGAGUUUCUCUCAUUCUUCUCUGCAGAUUCUCUUAAGCUCUGUCAGGUUUGAUGGGGAGCAUCGCUGCACAGUUAUUUUCAGGUCUUUCCAGAGAUGUUCGAUCAGGUUCAAGUCCGGAUUCUGACUGGGCCACUCAAGGACAUUCAGAGACUUGUCCCGAAGCCACUCCUGCGUUGUCUUGGCUGUGUGCUUAGGGUUUAUUGUCCUGUUGGAAGGUGAACCUUCGCCCCAGUCUGUGGUCUGUGACACUAGGCAUUCAGGCCAACGAGUUCAAUCUGGGUUUCAUCAGUCUGCCCUGGAGCAGGUUUUCAUCAAGGAUCUCUCUGUACUUUGCGCCAUUGAUCCUGACUGCCGCUGAAAAACAUCCACACAGCCUGGCCACUCUACAAUAAAGGCCCGAUUGGUGGCGUGCUGCAGAGAUGGUUGUCCUUCUGGAAAGUUCUCAUCUCCACAGGUGAGCUCUGUCAGUGACCAUCGGAUUCUUGGUCACCUCCCUGACCAAGGCCCUUCUCCCCCUAUUGCUCAGUUUGGCUGGGCGGCCAGCUCUAGGAAGAGUCUUGGUGGUUCCAAACUUCUUCAAUUUAAGAAUGAUGGAGCCCACUGUGUUCUUGGGGACCUUCAAUGCUGCAGGAAUGUUUUGGUACCCUUCCCCAGGUCUGUGCCUCGACACAAUCCUCUCUGCAUUGUCAACUGUGGGACCUUUAUAUAGACAAUUGUAUGCAUUUCCAAAUCAUGCCAAUCAAUUGAAUUUACCACAGUUUCCAAUCAAGUUGUAGCAACAUCUCAAGAAUGAUCAGUGGUAACAGGAUGCACCGGAGCUCAAUUUCAAGUUGCAUAGCAAAGGGUUCUGUAUACUUGUGUAAAUAAGGCAUUUCUGUUUAUUUUAUUUGCAACAAUUUCAACAAAAUACUUUUUUUCGCUUUGUCAUUAUGGGGUAUUGUGUGUAGAUUGAUGAGGGAAAACUUUAUUUAAUCAAUUUUAGAAUAAGGCUAUAACAUAACAAAAUGUGAAGGGGUCUGAAUACUUUCUGAAUUGCCUGCACUUACAUUUUGAAGACAAAUUAAAUGAUCAAAGAUGAGAAAUGCAACAACACUUCAUGAUUACGACGGAGGGCUUUUGCCAAGUACUGUGUUUCCACAAGGUUAGAAAAGAUGCGCCAGUAAACUCUGUCCAUGCCGCAUUAUAAAAAUGCCCUAACCCCCACCUAAUUCUGAUCUGGAACACAGACACCACCUAGAAAUGUUCAUCCCUGAUGUCUCUUGAGCCUGCCUUCUCACUGUAUAUGUAUAGAUGUGGGUUUUAGUCCCCCCCCCCCUGUUUAAUCCUCUAUUCUUAGACCAACAAGUAAAAGCCACAUAUCAAGGAACAUUGUGCUGUAAAGUCCUGUGCCGCCGCCAGUCACUGGUGUCAUACGAGGUAACUGUGUUCCCUCCAGAGCGAGAUGAGUCACCAGAUCCCGGUAUAAAAGUCUCUCCACAUACUAUAUCCAACACGCUGGAGGCUUUCUGCUGCACUCCAGGUCCCUGAAUAAUUCAUCGCCAUUUUCUUCAGUGUAACGGACCGGGACCCUGGAUUGCGGGCCCCCAAAUCCACACGGUUCACGUUACUCCACCCUCACACUUUUUAAACCUCUUUUCUUUUGCUUGGAGUCUGCUUAUUUGUCUUUUUCAUUAUAAAUGGUGUUAAUAGCCCAUAAUUAAGAGUUGUAACAACCCUUUACUAAAUUAUUCAUGUUCUAUUACCCUCAGAAAUAGGUCUCUAAUACUUCAAAAAGGAGUAGAGUAGUCUGUCAUGGUCUUCAACAUGGACAUUUAUGUUUUUAAUAUUUCACGGUUUCGUGCAAAUACAAAAACUGAAAUGGAAAAAGAGGGAAUUAAAUGCGCAGGCUCCAAUGUACUAAGCAGUAUAAAUAGGCCUUUAUAUCUGGUCUCCUGCAACUUUAAUGACUCCUCUUUCGUGAAUAUAAUUGAACACAUCUCUGCUGACGCCUCUCUUCUUUGAUCCAAGGUCGCCUUCCCCCGAGAUGCUCCACUCGUGUGGAGCUUUUAAAAUUUAGUCUGAGAAAUGUCACUUCUUUUAUCUGAUGCGGUGGAAUAAACACACUGGUCAUGACGGUAAUCCCUCUGUGACGGUGACCUUUUAACAGGUAGCUCGCUCAGUUAUUUUCACGAUAUAGCUUUUAGUCUGAGCAUGAUUUAAAAAGCAUGCCAGUUGGUUCACAGGAGCCUUGUCUCCAUUGUGACAGUUUUGAGACAGCGCCAGGGGUUUAUUGGAAAUAUUGAUCUGCAAGAAUAUUUGAACAACUGGAGUGUAAAGUAUUACAUUAUACAAUUAGAAAACCCUGGCUCUACAUAUGAAUACAGAGACAGGGUUUACUGUGUAAUAUCCCACACAGACUGCGUAAUCAUACAAUCUGAGCUUGAUGACAAAGCCAGUCCCUGCACGAGGCCGUUGUCAUUGCAAUUACAUGGUUCAGGAAUACUAAUAAAGAUGCUGUCACGGUCUUCUCACGUCAAUAUAUGCCUCCAUUGUUGUUUGUUAUUUACAUCUUAUUCAUGUCUACAUUUAUGGUGUUGAGUCGUUGAAUUCUCCCAUUGAUAUGAAUGAAAUGCAUGUUAUAGGCCAGGGCUGCCCCAAACCCUCUUCCCGGAGAUCUUACUGUCCUGUAAGUUCAGUCCAACCCUAAUUUAGCGGUUCUGAUUCAGCUAGUUAAGGUCUGGUUGAGCAGCUAAUUAGUAGAAUCAGGUGUGUUAAAUUAGGGUUGGACUGAACACACAGGACAGUAGGUCUCCAGGAAGAGGGUUGGACUGAACCCACAGGACAGUAGAUCUCCAGGAAGAGAGUUGGGCAGCCCUGUUACAUGCCUAAUUCAGCACUUUAUUUUAUUUGUCUGCAGGUGAAUUAUUAAGUAUAUAAAAUUGUGUUUAAUGGGGAUAAAUACUGGGAUACCUAUAACUUUUUUGAUUCUAGGGGACACUGCAGUCUGUGGUACCUGAUGGACGCCAUUGCGAGGAGACUGUUGUAAGGUCUCAAGUCCAGACCCACCCAACAGUGAAUCCAGUUCUGUUACUGGGUUCAUUCACACAAACCAUGUCUACCUGUCUUGCAUGGAGUUAAGUGGCAAUCUGAUUAUUCUCUCAUACUGAGAAGUGGGCUCCGUUGUGUUUUUCUUUGGUUGCAUAUUCACACUCCCGCUGCAGUGUCUGUUCUUAGAUUUCCUUUCUUUCGUAUGUAAGCGGGCUAAAAAUGUUCUCCCUGUUAAAAAAAUUACUUCAAAGACAAUAUUAUACACAAGACUGUUAAACCUGUACUAAUUUUAUUUUCUGAAUUUGUAAACUGAUGUAUAUUUUAAAACAAAUAAAAUAUUUUAAACUUUA